AUGAUAAGUAAAAGUAGAAUUUUAAUAGCAUUAGGAAAUGAAAUAAAAAAAAACUCAGUAUCAAAUUUUAAAAAGGGAGAUGUUAGCAGAAUGUACUUAGAUUACUUAAAUAGAAAAUAUAAUUUUGAUGAAUGGAUUAAAUUAAGUAAUAUAAAUUCAUAUAUAUGUGAAAAAAAUGAUAUUAUUUUAAUUAAACCAAUAAUAUCAAUAUUUGAAAAAAGUGGUACAUUAAUAAAAAAUAUAUUAAGUUAUUUAAAUUAUGCAGACACUAAAAACAUUUGCAUUAUUAUACCAGAUUUUUAUAGAUCAGUAGGUACAUAUAAAUAUAAAAGUUAUGUUAAAAUUCACGAAAAAUUAGGUAGUGAUUUUUAUAAUAUAUUAAAUUCUAAUAUAAUAAAUAAUAUAAACAGUUGUAAUUACCUACAAUUAUGUUUAGGUAUUAAUAAUUUACAGAAACAGGAGAAAAAGUCAACACACUUUAACUUUUUAGAACCUAUAGAUGAGCAUGAAUAUAAAAAAUUUUUAAAAACAUUUGAGUUGGCUGACGAAUAUUUUAAUAAAAAAAUUUUAAAUUCGCAUUAUAUAACUACAAAUUAUAUUCAAUUUAAGAAAAAAUAUUCAGCAAUGGAACCACAAAAACAUUUUAAAAAGGAUACAUCAAAAAGAAGAUAUAUUUUGGACAUUUAUAAGCAUAUGUAUAAAUAA